GUGUUUUUUUUAGGUUAGGUUGUUAUAGUGUUAUUUAUUUCCUAACAAAUAUCAAUAAGAAUUAAGAAUAUCAAUAAAUAUUAAUAUUACUAAUAACGUUCAAGUUUAAGAUAAUAUCUUGUGAGUGUAAUUGAUUGGCUAGGUGUUUUAAAAAUUUUAUCUAUUUGAAAUUAUAUCUAUCGUAGGUUCAAUUAAAUUAAAAUGCUUCAUCGGAAUAUUCGGUAUAAUCUAGUCAAUACCUUCAUAAAAUCUUUUCAAGCGGGAUACGUCACAAAACCACCGAAGCCCGAGAUUCCAAGUAAUCCAUUAAAAAAAGUGUAUGCAGCUAAUGAACAAAUGGAUAAUGGAAUCAUAUAUGACAGGAAACCUUUUAAAGUAACAUUACAAGAAGGAAAAACCUAUGCUUGGUGUCUGUGCGGCCGCUCUAAGUCUCAACCACUUUGUGAUGGCACACAUAAAGAUGUUUACCUGAAGAUUACACAAAGGCCCAUUAUAUUUAAGGUGGAGAAAACAAAAGACUACUGGCUCUGUAACUGCAAACAAACAAAGAACAGACCAUUUUGUGAUGGAACUCACAAGAACAAAGAAGUUGUUGAAGCAACAACAAUUAGAGUUUAGAAUAUUAAAAUGUUAGAAAGGUUUGCUAUAGAUAUAUUAUUAUUAUACAAUAAAUAGAAGCAUCAAUUUGA